AUGGACGCGAUCAAAAAGAAGAUGCAGGCGAUGAAGCUGGAGAAGGACAACGCGCUUGACCGCGCCGCCAUGUGCGAGCAAGAGGCCAAGGACGCCAACCUACGUGCCGAGAAGGCUGAGGAGGAGGCCAGACAGCUCCAAAAGAAGAUCCAGACCAUUGAAAAUGACUUGGAUCAGACUCAGGAAGGCCUCAUGCAGGUCAACGCUAAGCUUGAGGAGAAGGAGAAGGCUCUUCAGAAUGCCGAAUCCGAAGUGGCUGCUCUGAACCGACGCAUCCAACUGCUGGAGGAGGAUCUUGAGAGGUCCGAGGAGCGUCUCGCUACUGCCACCGCCAAGUUGUCUGAGGCCAGCCAGGCUGCCGAUGAGUCCGAACGAAUACGCAAGGCGUUGGAGAAUCGAACCAAUAUGGAGGAUGACCGAGUCGCCAUCUUAGAAGCACAGCUGUCGCAGGCCAAACUCAUCGCCGAAGAAUCCGACAAGAAAUACGAAGAGGUGAUUGCUUACCUUGCCCGUAAGGUUCUCGAGAACAGGUCGUUGGCCGAUGAAGAGCGUAUGGACGCCCUGGAGAACCAGCUGAAGGAAGCAAGGUUCCUCGCUGAGGAGGCUGACAAGAAAUACGAUGAGGUUGCUCGUAAGCUGGCCAUGGUUGAGGCUGACUUGGAACGCGCGGAAGAGCGUGCUGAGACCGGUGAAUCCAAAAUCGUCGAACUUGAGGAGGAGCUCCGUGUCGUUGGUAACAACCUGAAAUCCCUGGAAGUCUCCGAGGAGAAGGCCAACCAACGCGAAGAAGAGUACAAAAACCAAAUCAAAACCCUCACCACCCGCCUAAAGGAGGCUGAGGCGCGUGCUGAAUUUGCUGAGCGCUCCGUGCAGAAACUCCAGAAGGAGGUCGACAGGCUUGAAGAUGAUCUCAUCAACGCCCAAGAGGCUUUCAACGACAUUCAAGAUGGCAUCGAUGACUCAUUCGUGGAUCUCAUCCCCGGAGUCGACCCCAACAGCCGCCAGCUCGCAAUCGCGCGUGAGGCGCGAGAAGCAGCUCUCGAGGCGGCGCGCAAGGAGAAGGAGGCUGCCGAGGAGGCGGCGCGUAAGGAGCGAGAGGCGGCCGAGGAGGCGGAGCGCAAGGAACGUGAAGCCGCUGAAGAGGCAGCGCGCAAGGAACGGGAGGCCGCUGAAGAGGCAGCGCGUAUCGCUGAGGAGGAGGCGCGUAAGGAAUACGAGCGACUGCAUCCCAAGGAGCCUACCGCACCCGCAGACGGGGCUCCGCUGGCUGAGGGUGUCGUACCUGCUGCAGAAGGUUCAGCUCCUCCCACUGAGGGUGCUCCACCUGUAGAAGGAGCUGCUCCACCCGCAGAGGGAGCGCCUGCCGUGCCGCCUGUAGAGGGCGCACCCGCCGUUCCCCCUGCAGAAGGAGCAUCCGCCGUUCCCCCUGCAGAAGGAGCAUCCGCCGUUCCCCCUGCAGAAGGAGCACCCUCCGUUCCGCCUGCACAAGGAGCACCCGCCGUUCCCCCGGCAGAAGGAGCACCCACCGUCCCCCCUGCGGACGCACCCACCGCGCAACCUGCAGAAGGAGCACCCGACGCACAACCUGCAGAGGGAGCACCAGCCGUUCCUCCUGCAGGGGCUGCUCCUCCUGCCGGGGGAGCGCCAACUGCACCUGCCGCCGAUCCUACCGCAACGCCCGUCGCACCAACUGAAGCUGCCCCUGCCGCGCCCGCGCAAGCGGAGGCAACACCGGCUCCGGUUGCACCUCCCGCCGACGCCGCACCUCCGUCGUAA